AAUCCUUUCACUGAGUAUGAUGAUACGGAUUUCAAACAGAGUUUCAGGUAUAUUAAAAAUAGUAUUUUAUGUAAGUAGGUACUUACCAGAGUAACGUUUUUUUAUUUUUGAGGUUGUCUAAAAUGAUGUUCAUUGAGUUGCUAAACAUGAUACAAGAUCAACUUCAGCAUAAUACACACCGGAACAUGUCUUUGUCAUCAAUGCUUCAGCUUCUUAUUGCACUUAGGUACUAUGCAACUGGUGCUUUUCAAGCAGUUUUAGGGGACCAUAUAUGUAUACAUAAAUCAACAGUUUGCCGUAUAGUUAAAAAAGUUUCAACAUGUAUUGCAACCCUCAAACCGCAAUUCAUUCAAAUGCCUAGAACAGAACUAGAGAGACAAUCUAUAUAUUAUGAAGGUUUCAAUCAAUUGCGUCAAUUUCCUAAUGUUAUUGGUGCAAUUGAUUGUACCCAUAUAAGAAUACAGUCUCCCAAUAGUAAUAUUGGAGAAAAAUUCCGAAACCGAAAAGGAUAUUUUUCCAUAAAUGUACAGGCUGUUUGUAACAGUAAUUUACAAUUUACAAAUAUUGUGGCUCGUUGGCCCGGUUCGGUACAUGACUCGACCAUAUUCGAUAAUUCACUAUUAAGAGCACAAUUUGAAAACCAUGAAUUUGGAGAUGCUCUACUUCUAGGAGAUGGAGGCUAUGCAUGUAGGAACUAUUUGAUGACACCUCUUGCUAAUCCAAUUACCGAAGCAGAAAAACGUUAUCAGAAAGCUCAAAUUGGUACCAGAAAUGUUAUAGAACGAACAUUUGGUGUGUGGAAAAGACGCUUCCCUGUAUUAUCUGUUGGUGUUCGGACACAAAUUCCAACUACUUUGCUCACAAUUAUCGCCACGGCAGUGUUACAUAAUAUGUUGAUUCAAGCUAAUGACCCCUUACCUAUAGAUGACACUCUACUUAAUGAAAAUUUGCUUCAACAAGUUCCAGUUUACCCUGUUCAACAAACUGGAAAUAUAGCACGCCGAACAUUAAUUGAAACUAUAUUUAAUUAA